AUGGCGAGCGCCAGCUUCACAUUAUGGGAGAUGUCCUUCUGCGGCCUCGUUCUGACUGCAUAUGUGGUGAUGCCUUUGAUCGCAUUGAUCAAUCGCUUGAAGCGGCCCGCGCAAGCCAGAAAGUCUGGAGCGAUGAUGGAAUGUGAGAAAUGCUCGGUGGAUCUGAUGCACAGCCUGGUGCCCCACGCCGCGCUGCCGGACUAUCGCUUUCGGGGGAUGCACCUGAAAAUGUCCGCGGUGCAUGUGGGUUUCGACGACGUGGGUGUCAAGCUGAAGAACGGGAAGUGCAUUCUCGAAGGUGUAACAGGUGAGUUUAGGCCCAAGAAAGUGGCGGCCAUCAUGGGGCCUUCCGGAGCUGGAAAGACCACCUUCAUGAACGCCCUUUGUGGUCGUUGCUACUAUGGGACUACCAGUGGAGAGAUCCGCAUCAACAGUCAGGUGAGUAGCAUUGCGGAGAUCAAAAACUUCCGCGGCUUCGUCCCGCAGGAUGACAUCGUGCAUGAACAUCUGACCGUGCGUGAACAGCUCUACUACUCAGCGCGCUUGCGCAAUGCAGAAGAUACCUCCAGGAAGGUCAUUAACUACAUCGUCGAAGAUGUGCUGAACGUGAUGCAGUUGGUCGACGUGCAGCACAGUCUCGUGGGCAACGUGGAACGCCGUGGCAUCAGCGGCGGCCAGCGGAAGCGGGUGAACAUCGGUGUCUGGGACGGCAACUCAGUGCAUCUCAGCGUGAACGGCCACUCAGUGAAACAGAACUGA